AGCGGCUUUGCAGUCAAUCAUGUAAUUCCUUGAGCUUGGCCGACAAAUGGCUCAGCUAGUAGGUCCUGAUGAAAUAGAGUCACUCAGGAUUGAGUUAGCAGAGAUAGGAAGAAGCAUAAGAUCAUCAUUCAGAAGUCGUGUUUCAAGUUUUCGCAGUAUUUCAUCUGUGGCUGAAGAUGAAGAUGAAGAAGAAAUUCAGUUGCAAUGGGCUGCUGUUGAAAGAUUACCCACCUUUAGACGGAUUAAUACUGCUCUUUUCCGGGAAACAGAUGGUGAAGGGAAAAGAAUCGUUGAUGUUGCCAGACUUGGAGUUCAAGAGCGCCAAAUGUUCAUAGACAAACUCAUCAAGCACAUUGACCAUGAUAAUCUCCGAUUAUUGAAGAAACUUAGGAAAAGAAUUGACAAGGUCGGUGUGCAGUUGCCCACUGUGGAAGUGAGAUUCAGAAAUCUGUUUGUCGAAGCAGAGUGCAAGCUGGUUCAUGGAAGGCCUCUCCCAACGCUUUGGAACACUGCUAAUAGUAUGCUUUCUGAGUUUAUCACUCUACCUUGGUCAAAACAAGAAGCCAAGAUUAGCAUCCUGAAAGAUGUUAAUGGCAUUAUCAAGCCAAGAAGGAUGACUUUAUUGCUUGGUCCUCCAGGCUGUGGCAAAACCACAUUGUUGUUAGCCCUCUCUGGAGAAUUGAGCCAUUCUCUUAAGGUUAGAGGAGAAAUAUCUUACAACGGAUACAGAUUGGAAGAGUUCGUUCCUCAGAAGACCUCGGCUUAUAUCAGCCAAUAUGAUCUGCAUAUUCCAGAGAUGACGGUCAGGGAAGCAAUCGAUUUCUCUGCUCAAUGUCAGGGCAUUGGAAGCCGAGCUGAGAUCGUGACGGAAGUCAGUAGAAGGGAGAAGCAGGCAGGGAUAGUUCCAGAUACUGAUGUGGAUGCUUACAUGAAGGCAGUAUCAAUUGAAGGACUGAAAAGUAACAUUCAGACAGACUAUAUUUUGAAGAUUCUUGGACUUGACAUAUGUGCUGAUACAAUGGUUGGAGAUGCCAUGAGAAGGGGUAUCUCCGGAGGUCAGAAGAAAAGAUUGACUACAGGGGAGAUGAUUGUGGGACCUGCAAAAACACUAUUCAUGGAUGAAGUAUCGAACGGCUUAGACAGCUCCACCACUUUCCAGAUUGUAUCUUGUCUGCAGCAUUUGGUGCAUAUUACUGAUGCUACAGCAUUGAUUUCACUCCUUCAGCCAGCACCAGAGACCUUUGAUCUAUUUGAUGAUGUCAUUCUGAUGGCAGAAGGGAAGAUUGUGUAUCAUGGCCCACGCCCUAGUAUUUGUAGCUUCUUUGAGGAGUGUGGAUUCAGGUGUCCUCAAAGAAAAGGUGUUGCCGACUUCCUUCAAGAGGUUAUCUCCAGAAAAGAUCAAGCACAAUAUUGGUGCCGGACAGACCAACCCUACAAUUAUGUUUCUGUAGAUCAGUUUGUUAAGAAAUUCAGAGAAUCUCAGCUCGGCCAGAAGCUAACUGAGGAGCUCUCAAAGCCAUUUGAUAAGUCUGAAAGCCACAAGAGUGCUUUAUCCUUCAAACAAUACUCAUUACCGAAACUGGAAAUGUUUAAAGCUUGCAGCAGGAGGGAAUUUCUACUAAUGAAGAGAAAUUCUUUUAUAUAUGUGUUCAAAACUGUACAGCUAGUGAUCAUUGCGGCAAUAACAAUGACAGUUCUGCUACGCACUAGAUUGGGUGUUGAUGUGCUCCAUGCAAAUGAUUACAUGGGUGCUAUAUUCUAUUCAAUCCUUCUAUUAUUAGUAGAUGGAUUUCCAGAGUUGCAGAUGACUGUCUCAAGACUUGCAGUUUUCCAUAAACAGAAAGAGCUGUGCUUUUACCCUGCUUGGGCUUAUGUGGUUCCUGCUACUCUUCUUAAAAUUCCACUUUCAUUGCUAGAAGCUGUUGUUUGGACAUCUCUCACUUACUAUGUUAUUGGUUUCAGCCCUGAGGCUGGAAGAUUCUUCCGGCAGUUGCUUCUACUCUUUGUGAUACAUCUGACAUCAAUAUCAAUGUUUCGCUUUAUUGCCUCAAUCUGCCAAACCACGGUUGCUUCAACAACCUUUGGCAGCCUCUUUAUAUUGACUAGUUUACUCUUUGGUGGUUUCAUAAUCCCAAAACCUUCUAUGCCUCCUUGGUUGGACUGGGGAUUUUGGAUUAACCCAUUGACAUAUGGAGAGAUAGGAAUGUGUGUGAAUGAGUUUCUUGCCCCUCGGUGGCAAAAGCAGAUUAUGUCUGCUAACACAACCAUUGGACAACAAACACUAGAAAGUCGUGGACUGCACUAUGAUGGUUACUUUUACUGGAUAUCAGUUGGUGCCCUGCUAGGAUUCACUGUGCUAUUCAACAUUGGUUUUACCUUGGCAUUGACCUACUUGAAACCUCCUGGAAGAACUCAUGCUAUUAUUUCUUAUGAAAAGUACAAUCAACUGCAAGAAAAAGUAGAUGAUAAUAAUCACGUUGACAAAAACAACAGACUCGCUGAUGCUUAUUUUAUGCCUGAUACAAUAACUGAAACGGGAAGGAUGGUUUUACCUUUUGAGCCCCUUACUAUAACAUUUCAGGAUCUGCAGUACUAUGUUGAUGCACCUUUGGAAAUGAGAAAACGAGGUUUUGCACAGAAGAAUCUCCAGCUUCUUACUGACAUUACUGGUACAUUCAGACCUGGUAUUCUUACAGCAUUGAUGGGUGUUAGUGGGGCUGGAAAAACAACUCUUAUGGAUGUUCUUAGUGGAAGGAAAACUGGUGGUACUAUCAAAGGAGAUAUAAGAAUUGGCGGAUACCCAAAGGUCCAGCAUUUAUUUGCUAGAAUAUCAGGUUAUGUAGAGCAAACCGACAUACAUUCCCCACAAAUAACUGUAGAAGAAUCUCUGAUAUAUUCUGCAUGGCUAAGGCUCCCGUCUGAGAUUGAUCCAAAAACUAAGUCUGAGUUUGUGAAUGAAGUCCUUGAAACUAUUGAGCUUGACGGAAUCAAAGAUUCUCUAGUAGGCUUGCCAGGGAUUAGUGGCUUAUCUACUGAGCAGCGUAAAAGGCUGACUAUAGCUGUGGAGCUUGUGUCCAAUCCGUCUAUCAUAUUCAUGGAUGAACCCACUACAGGUUUAGAUGCAAGAGCAGCUGCAAUUGUUAUGAGAGCAGUGAAGAAUGUAGUUGAAACAGGAAGAACAGUUGUUUGCACCAUCCACCAGCCAAGUAUUGACAUCUUUGAGGCAUUUGAUGAGUUGAUUCUACUGAAAAUUGGAGGGCGCAUUAUCUAUUCUGGGCCACUGGGCCGACAUUCUAGCAGGGUCAUUGAAUAUUUUGAGAAUGUUCCUGGGGUGAAAAAGAUUGAGGACAACUAUAAUCCAGCGACAUGGAUGUUAGAGGUUACCUCCAAAUCUGCAGAGGCUGAGCUUGGAGUAGAUUUUGGACAAAUUUAUGAAGAGUCCACCUUGUAUAAAGAGAACAAAGAAUUGGUAAAGCAACUGAGUUCACCGAUGCCUGGUUCAAAGGAAUUGCAUUUUUCUACCCGUUUCCCACAAAAUGGUUGGGAGCAAUUUAAAGCUUGCUUUUGGAAACAUCACAUGUCGUAUUGGAGAAGUCCUUCAUACAAUCUGACUCGCCUUGUUUAUAUGGUCGCUGCGUCUUUCCUGUUCGGUGCGCUGUUCUGGCAGCGUGGAAAGGAAAUAAAUAACCAGCAAGACCUGUUCAUUAUGUUUGGUUCGAUGUACACUGCAGUAAUCUUCUUUGGUAUAAACAACUGCUCAUCAGUCUUACCCUAUAUUGCUACAGAACGGACUGUUCUGUAUCGGGAAAGAUUUGCAGGAAUGUAUUCUCCAUGGGCAUAUUCACUUGCACAGGUGCUGGUGGAGUUGCCAUACUCGUUCAUUAUAGCAAUUAUAUAUGUGGUCAUCACUUAUCCUAUGGUUGGCUAUUCCAUGUCUGCUUACAAGAUAUUCUGGGCAUUUUAUUCCUUGUUCUGUACAUUGCUAAGUUUCAACUACAUGGGGAUGCUUCUGGUAUCUCUGACACCAAAUAUUCAAGUGGCUUCAAUUCUAGCAUCCUCCACAUACACAAUGCUCAUUCUGUUCACCGGCUUCAUUGUACCAAGACCACGUAUUCCAAAAUGGUGGAUAUGGCUGUAUUAUAUGUGUCCUACAUCUUGGGUCCUAAAUGGUAUGCUCACCUCACAGUUUGGGGAUAUAGACAAGGAAAUAUCAGUAUUCGGCGAGACCAAAACUGUAUCAGCUUUUUUAGAAGAUUACUUUGGUUUUCACCACAACUUUUUGGGCGUUGUUGGUGCUGUACUCGUCAUCUUCCCUUUUGUCUUUGCUUCUCUUUUUGCAUAUUUCAUAGGCAAACUCAACUUUCAGAGAAGGUAAAUUUUGUAAUCACAUAUCGACAUAUUAGAUAGUGCAAUCUGGUUUAGCAUUUUAUGAAUUUGGGUAUAUUUUCAAGGA